GACUACAGAACAGGCUUGAAAGCUCCGCCAAAAGAUGACCGGCCACAGACAGAGGAUGUCACGGCAACGGGCGGCUCAUCAUUCGACGACUUUGACUUGAAGCGAGAGCUUUUGAUGGGUAUCUACACCGCUGGAUUCGAAAAACCAUCCCCUAUCCAAGAACAAGCCAUCCCAAUGGCACUCUCUGGCAGAGAUAUUCUAGCUCGAGCAAAGAACGGUACUGGUAAGACCGCAUCAUUCGUCAUUCCUUCCCUAAACCUCGUCGACACUUCUAUCCCUCACAUUCAAGCUCUUCUCCUCGUUCCCACUCGGGAAUUGGCAUUACAAACAUCCCAAGUCUGUAAGACGCUUGGGGCCCACAUUCCAGGACUUCAAGUCAUGGUCUCCACGGGUGGAACAACAUUACGUGAUGAUAUUAUGCGAUUACAAGAACCCGUUCAUAUUCUCGUUGGAACCCCGGGACGUAUUUUGGAUCUCGGUGGAAAAGGCAUCGCAGACUUGAAGCGAUGCAAAAGUUUCGUCAUGGACGAAGCGGAUAAACUGUUGAGCGAGGAAUUCACGCCAGUCAUCGAACAGCUAUUGGCCUUGUGCCCCCAGGAGAGACAGGUCAUGCUGUUCUCCGCUACUUUCCCAUACAUUGUCAAGGAUUUCUCGGAUCGACACAUGGUCCAACCUUUCGAGGUCAAUCUCAUGGACGAGCUCACACUCAAGGGUGUCACUCAAUACUACGCCUACGUAGAAGAACGUCAAAAAGUUCACUGUCUCAAUACUCUCUUUUCCAAGCUGCAAAUCAACCAAUCCAUCAUCUUUUGUAAUUCUACCAAUCGUGUCGAGCUGCUCGCCAAGAAGAUCACAGAACUCGGCUACUCAUGUUUCUAUUCUCACGCAAAAAUGCUCCAGGCUCAUCGAAAUAGAGUCUUCCAUGACUUUCGAAAUGGAAUGACGAGGAAUCUCGUCUGCUCAGAUCUUCUCACUCGAGGUAUCGAUAUCCAAGCUGUCAAUGUCGUCAUCAACUUCGAUUUCCCGCGAACCGCUGAGUCAUAUCUCCAUCGGAUCGGUCGAUCUGGACGUUUUGGACAUCUUGGAUUGGCUAUUUCACUUCUGACGAUUGAGGACCGUCACAAUCUGUAUCGUAUCGAAUCUGAACUAGGCACUGAGAUUGCCCCUAUUCCCGGAACCAUUGACCCUGUGCUCUAUGUCGCUCCGUCCUCUAUCGAACCAGAACCUGCUGCAGCUCCUCCCCCCCGGGCUGCUCCCCCCAAGCUUGCAGCGUCGUCUCAGCCUGGCUCAGCGGUUCCGGCUCAGCCUCAGCCCCCUCAACAACGAGCGGGCAACAGUGCCACGCCAGCUGCGCCGAAACACAACAGUGCGACGCCGCCUGCUCCCUCUCAGCCUGGACAACAAACAAGCAACGGUCAACAGAGCAAUGCGAACUCGAAUGAUAGGGCUUUGAAUAAUGCGUCCGGCGUCAAUGGAGCCAAUGUACCGCCAGCCGAAUCUCAGAAUCAACGAAGACAGAAUGAUAGACCGCCCCAGAAUCAGAACCAGAAUCAGCAGAGCAACCACCCUGGCGGUCCCGGAGGUGGACGUGGUGGAUACGAGGGAGGCCGAGGAGGCCAGCGUGGUCGUGGUGGAAGAGGGCGAGGUCAGCCACCCAGCGGAGGAAGAGGUGCUGCACCAAUUGGAGCGGGGCAGGCAUAG